UUGAAGUAAUUGUGAUAUGGGGUUAUCUUUGUCCCUCACAUUUGGAAACCAAACAUCACAAAACCCGAAGAAGUUAAAACUCCCGUAUGCCCCUCCAAAACCUCUUCUAUUUUGUUUCUUCAGCAAAAUUUCUGGGAACCAGAAAGGGAGUCAAAAAAAUAAAAAAUAAAAAAUAAAAAAUAAAAAAUAAAAAAUAAAAAAUGGAGGAUUUUGACGAUUGGGGUUUAAGCGCAGAAGACUUAGAUUUCUUAGAAAAAGACGCCAUUAACAAGCUCUCACAAAAGAAAACCUCGCCUGCGAUCGCCCCUUGCUCUUCUUCUCCUCUUGUCCCUCCUCAGCCUGCCAUUAACAAGAUCCCUACUUCGAGAAAUUUCGAGCAGUUUCCAUCGUCGACGACCUCCGUGGAUUCUUGCCAUGCAAGGGUUGAAGGUUCUCCUUCAAGAUUGCAUGUAUCCGGAGAAAAUGAUAACAAUAGUGCGGUUGACCUUCAAAAGGUCUCUGUCCGACUAUACCUACAUGCUAGUGGUGCCAUUGCCGCAAAGUUUCCCUAUCACACGUUACUUGUAGAGGCUUUUCACAAGAUUCCCAAAGCUAGCUGGCAUGGGAAAGAAAGGGUAUGGAUGUUCCCGAUCUCCUCUUUGGCAACAGCUGAAGAGGUUCUAAAUCAAGUAACUGGUGUAGUUGUCGAGGUCCAGAAGCUAGACCCUCUGGUCUACCGUGCCCUUACUGCCGCUACUGCUGUUCCAGACCUUAGGGCUCUGUAUGAUAAAAUGCCAAGCUAUAUUGAAUCUAAACUUCUGCCCUUUCAGCGAGAAGGAGUUAGGUUUGUGUUGCAGCAUGGUGGAAGGGUGCUUUUAGCUGAUGAGAUGGGACUGGGAAAGACAUUACAGGCAAUUGCUUUUACUGCUUGUGUUCAUGAGUCCUGGCCAGUUCUUGUUAUUACCCCCUCUUCCUUGCGUUUACAUUGGGCUUCUAUGAUUCAGCAAUGGCUCAACGUUCCCGCAGAAGAUAUCUUGAUACUUCUAUCUUCAACAGGAGCAGCAAGCAGAGGAGGAUUUACGAUAUUGCGCUCAAAUGUAAAGGCUGAUAUUAGCUUCAGUGGCAUAUUCAACAUAGUCUCUUAUGAUGCGAUGCUUAAGUUCCAAAAUAUAAUUAUGGCUUCUGAGUUUAAGAUUGUAAUCGCUGACGAGUCACAUUUUUUGAAGAAUGCUCAAGCUAAGAGAACAAGUGCUACUCUUCCUGUUAUUCAGAAAGCCCAGUAUGCAGUUCUACUGAGUGGAACUCCUGCAUUAUCCCGGCCUAUUGAGUUGUACAAACAGCUUGAGGCAUUGUCUCCUGAUGUGUACAAAAACGUUCACGACUAUGGUAAUAGAUAUUGCAAAGGUGGAGUAUUUGGAUUAUAUCAAGGUGCAAGCAAUCAUGAAGAAUUGCAUAGUUUGAUGAAAACUACUGUGAUGAUUCGUAGGCUGAAGAAAGACGUUCUUACAGAACUCCCUGUAAAGCGUAGGCAGCAGGUCUUCUUGGAGUUGAGUGAGAAAGACACGAAACAAAUCCGUGCUUUAUUUCGCGAGUUGGAGUUUGUAAAGAACAGUAUGAAAGCUAGUGAAUCCAGAGAAGAGCUCGAAUCACUAAAACUUUCUCAGAAACAUCUUAUCAACAAGAUUUAUACAGACUCAGCUGAAGCAAAGGUUCCUGCAGUUCUGGAUUACUUGGGUACUGUUAUUGAGGCAGAUUGCAAAUUCUUAGUGUUUGCGCAUCACCAACCGAUGAUUGAUGCUAUACAUGCAUUUCUCAGGAAGAAGAAAGUUGGGUGUAUCAGAAUUGAUGGUCAUACUGCGUCAUCAUCGAGGCAGGCUCUUGUGAAUGACUUUCAAGAGAAUGAUGGAAUCAAGGCAGCAGUUCUCUCUAUUAAAGCUGCAGGUGUUGGAUUGACUUUAACAGCAGCUAGUACGGUUAUCUUUGCUGAAUUAACCUGGACUCCAGGUGAUAUAAUACAAGCAGAAGAUCGUGCUCAUCGGAUUGGCCAGGUUUCAUCGGUUAAUGUAUAUUAUCUGCUUGCUUAUGAUACUGCAGAUGACAUAAUGUGGGACGUUCUUCAGAGCAAAUUGGAUAACGUGGGCCAGGUGCUUGAUGGUGAGCAAAAAGAGCUAGAAGUGACCCUCAAUCUGACAGGCAGCAGCCCUGCGAAGCAUAAAUCAACCCCUAAAAAUCAGAUGUUGAGCCCUGGAAAGCAGAAGACAUUGGACGCCUUUGUAAAACGUUGUUCUACUGCACCAGAUACUUCCCCAAAGUCCCAGAGACUGAAAUUUUGAAACAAGGAUGUCUCCUUUUUCUGGUUUCGUUCACCUCUUUUACUUGCAUAUACGUAGGUUGAAUAGUUUUUAAUGUUGUAUGUAUUUAUAUAUCUUUCUCAUCUCUGUAACCUAGUCGAAUAGAUCAGGAGUUGUAACCUAUUUUCAAUAGUCUUCGAUUUUGAUGUAAAGGUUUGAAGUCAUAGUCACACAAAAACGUGGAAAUGGAAAAAUAACUCAAAUGAUCAGUUGAGCUCCCGUGUAUAAAUGUCAUAUGCCCGUAGGAAACCUCUGUUCGUUCGCAGAUA